UAUGGUUUCAUUUUUUCACCAAUUCAAAUCACUGGGAAGCUCAUCAGGAUAAUCUCCAGUUAAACAUGCUGUACAAUGACCGAUAUAACUGCUUUCUCUAUUAUCCAUACCAAAUCUUACAGCUUUGACAAGUCCAUCUACCGAAAGUGAAGCAGAAUUUCAAAAGUGGGGAUCGGUAAAGAGACUCUACUGUACAAGAAGAGAGAAACUGGCAUUCGAGAAGUAAACGAACAACAGGAAACAUGACCGAGUACGAACAAGGAAAACUAAUUAUCGAGGGAAAGACUAAACAGGUGUACGAGCUGCUAAACGAUCCCGUACUAUGUCUUUUACGAAGCAAAGAUCGCAUCACUGCUGGAGAUGGCGCGAGAUCUGACAACUUGGAAGGCAAAGCGGCUAUUAGCACAGCUACUACAGCUAAAGUUUUUCAUCUAUUGAACCAAGCAGGAAUAAAAACUGCAUUUGUUAAAGUGGUAAACGAUGUAACUUUUAUUGCCAGAAAGUGUGAAAUGGUACCGAUAGAAUGGGUCACUAGAAGGUUAGCUACUGGUAGUUUUUUGAGGAGACACCCAGGUGUUCCGGAAGGAUAUAGAUUUAAUCCACCGUUACAGGAAACUUACUUUAAAGAUGACGAGAAUCAUGAUCCUCAAUGGUCAGAGGAACAAGUUAUUUCUGCGGGUUUUAAAUUGAAUGGACUCACAAUAGGGAAAGAUGAAUUUGAUAUUAUGCGGCAAACAACUGUCGUUGUAUUUGAAAUUUUAGAAAGAGCAUGGGCAACUAGAAACUGUGCUCUUGUAGACAUGAAAAUAGAAUUUGGUGUAGAUACAAAUGGGGAAAUUCUGGUAGCAGAUAUAAUCGACAGUGACUCUUGGAGACUCUGGCCAUCCGGUGAUAAGAGGCUGAUGAAAGACAAACAAGUAUACAGAAACUUAACAACUGUUACACAAGAAGAUUUGGAAGUUGUAAAACGUAACUUUAAAUGGGUAGUGGAUCAACUGGACUCUCUUAUUCCUCCACAUAAUAGUUUAGUUGUUAUUUUAAUGGGUUCACCAUCCGAUACAGAGCAUUGUAAGAAAAUAGCGAAACACGCAGAAUCUUUAGGUUUAAAAGUUCACCUUCGUGUGUGCAGUGCUCAUAAAGGAACUCUGGAAACGUUACGUAUUCUCUCAGAGUAUGAAGGUAGCGGUGAAAAGGUGGUGCUAAUAGCUGUAGCAGGGAGAAGUAAUGGAUUGGGUCCAGUACUAUCUGGAAAUACGCCUUUGCCUGUUAUUAAUUGUCCGCCUUUUAAACCGGAAAGCAUUUCACAGGAUUUAUGGUCAUCGAUUAAUGUGCCUUCAGGUAUUGGAUGCACUACAGUCGCUUAUCCGGAAAGUGCUGCACUUGCAGCAGCACAGAUUCAUGCGUUAUACGAUCACCACGUUUGGUCACGUUUACGAGUCAAACAAUUAACGAAUUUCAUUGCUUUGAAGCAAGCUGAUGUACAAUUCAGGAAUCUUGCCGUCUAACAUCUCCCUGUGAGCUGAUGUAUAUCAAAAUAUAGUGUUUUCAAUUGUUUUUCAAUUUAUAUAACAAUAGUAAUAAUGACAAUGACAAUGACAAUGACAAUGACAAUGACAAUGACAAUACUGCUCAAUUAGUGUGUCAACAGACAUUAUAAGAGUUAAAUAUGCAAAACUAACACGUUUCACUUCGAUACUUUAGUUAUUACUUCUCAUUAAGACUAUACGUAUUCUUAUAGAUUGAAAAGUAUAACAUUUAUUCAGAAAAAUUGUUAUUGAUUCGUAUAUUUAAAUGUUCAUGCUUGCCCUUUUCGUGUAUACCGUAUUACUUUUCCUACUGGUUAUUCUUUAUUGGUUACAAGUGUAUAAUAUUCAUCUAUUUCCGCUUAAACAAAUUUUCGAAUAACAUGAAAAUAUAUAGGCGUUUUCAAGCCUUGGAAAUUUAAUUAAUUAUUAUAAUUGAUUGUAAAUCAACGAUCGUUAUUACAAAUUGUUAAAUACACUGUCGUUAUGGUAUCAUUGAAAGACAAUUUUGUACAAUUUUUUACAUCGAUCUAAUAACCGAUUUUAAUAAUACAUUACUCGUUUAAUCUGAAACAAAACAGGAGAGUUAUAUUACAGUAAUUCUAUCAGCAUGUACUUACUGUAACAUCAAGGAACGAAUUCGUAUAAAUAAUUACCGUUAUAAUUACAAA